CAGUAACUUCGUAUCGUCCGAAAGUCUCAGACUUGGACACUGCACAUCACCAACCUCGUGCAAACCACUCGCCGCAAGGAUCAGCUCACUGCUGCUACGGACAGGAUGGCAUCCAAUGAGGGUACCGCAACUCUCCGAUUUCUCACAGAUGCAGGACACCUCUUGGCCGGGACGGCUCCCGAGACCUCGGCAGAUCUCAUGAGACGACGCAAUGAGCUGAUGUUUGAGCACGAGAUGCCUCUGUCGGACAGGCAGCGACAAAAUGUAUGUGGCUGUUGCGGUCACAUCAUGGUCCUAGGACUGGGGAGUGAGCUCCAGGUCGAAGCUGGAAAAAGAACCGGCAAAAAGCCUCGCUCGGCUAGAGGCCUGAAGGUCAACAAGGCACGAGGCAACACUCUGCAGACGCGCCCAGGCCCAACCAAAGCCAUAACUUGUGGACACUGCGGCAGGUUCACGAAGGUUGAGCUGCCAGCUCCGGCUCCUAUCACGAGGCACAAGGUGAAAGCUGGGAAAAUCCCCGAACCCUCCGGACCCGGAGUGAACUUGUCUUUGUCAAGCGCCUCCCGAGAACCACCAUCUCAAAAGUCAAGCGCCAACGCGAGCAGCAAAAAGCGAGCCAAGUCGAGGAAGGCUGGAUUGCAGGCCUUGUUGAGCCAGUCCAAUGCGGCGCGAAACGCAGGACCUGGGCUCGGUCUUAGCCUUGCCGACUUCAUGCAGAAGACCUAAGUUCAAUAGGUGCCGGGCCGUGGAAAGCGCUCAUUGGCCUCCUAAGGUACUGUACCUACCUACGUAUGUACGUGGUACUAUGCCUCGAGCAAGUUCGGGCGGCGCCCCGAACAUUCGGGAGCCUGGUGGAACGUUAAGGCUCGGCCUGGAGCGCCUAGGUUUAUGACAUAAGCC